UGCCCAGUGACGCGUCAGCUGUUCGGGUUGCUCUUGCAGCAGGGGAGGGGCCGGGCCGGGUCAGGCCAUGCCAUGCAGCCGGGGUUGCCCCUGCACGCGGCGCUGACUGACGUGGUUAUUCUAGAAGCCAUGGACAUACUUUUUAGAAUAAGAGGGGGCCUGGAUCUGGCAUUUCAACUUGCUGCUACUGAUGAGGCAUCAACAAAAAAGGCAUUAAAAUAUGUUUUCAGUGAUCUUUCAAACAAACUGUCCUCAAAUGUUAUGGUAUUAAGAAUUUGCCAUAGUUCAGUGUACAUAUGGCCUAAUAGCGGCAUGAACACAGUUCCUUCAGAACUGACUGAUGAUUCUGCUUGUAAGGAGAUAAUGCGAUUUAUUCAAUAUGACCAGGAAGCUGAGACCAAACGCAAACUUACUAAAAAGAAGGAUAAAAAAUUACAAGACAUGCAGCAGGUAGUAAACAUAGACUUUAUGUUGGAAAUGACAUCACCUUCAGCUGCAUUAGCCCCAGUCAUUGAAAAGGAAAAUGAAGAACACCACUACGUUAGCAUGACCUUACCAGUUGAUGUUGUUGUCUCUAUUUCUCCAGAAGAAACGUGGAAGAAUGUACAAAAUAUCCUAGUUAACGCAGUUCAUAAACAACUAACCGAUAUGGAAAGGUGCAUUAUGAAAUAUAUGAAGGGAACAUCUAUUAUGGUACCUGAACAAUUUCACUUCAUGUUGCCGGGAACAAGAGACCUUGUAACAAUUUCCUAUCCAAUGGGUGUUCCAGAUGAUCAACUGGAGAGUUACAGAAAGGAAUUGCAUGAACUCUUCCAUCUGCCAUCUGAUAGACCAUAUUUCAGAAGAGCAAAUGCGUAUCACUUUCCAGAUGAACCAUAUAAAGAUGGGUAUCUCAGAAAUCCACACGUGCAUCUCCAUCCACCUGGUUUGGAGUCUGGUCUGGUGUGUGUGGUACAUGGUGUGUACAGUUAUCACCAUUAUAUGCAGGAUCGGGUAGAUGAUAAUGGCUGGGGUUGUGCCUACCGGUCUUUGCAGACUAUCUGUUCGUGGUUCAGACAUCAGGGGUACACAGACAGACUGAUACCAACACACCAGGAGAUUCAGCAGGCCCUAGUUGACGUUGGAGACAAACCAGCAGCAUUUGUUGGAUCACGGCAGUGGAUUGGCUCUAUUGAGGUACAACUUGUAUUGAAUCAGUUACUGGGAGUAACAUCAAAAAUACUGUUUGUCAGCCAGGGUUCUGAGUUAGCUUCUCAGGGAAGAGAACUUGCUAAUCAUUUCAAGACUGAAGGAACUCCAGUUAUGAUUGGUGGAGGUGUUUUGGCUCACACAAUCCUGGGAGUGGCAUGGAAUGAAAUUACAGGAAACAUAAAAUUUUUGAUUCUAGACCCACAUUACACAGGAGCAGAAGAUCUGACUGUUAUCUUAGAAAAGGGUUGGUGUGGAUGGAAGGGUCCAGACUUUUGGAGCAAAGAUGCUUAUUAUAACCUGUGCCUGCCUCAGAGACCAAAAACAAUAUAAAUUCCAGUUCUAAAUAUCACAUUAAGCCAGACUUAUUAGUCAAUAUAGUU